CAGCCUUCCGCGGAGCGAGCGCGAACGCCCGCAGCCAAUCCGUUAACAGCGCAGAACAAGGACCGACGGCACCAGAGCGGCCGUGCUCCGGGCUCCCGAGGGCUCCCCGCGCGCCGCACCGAGGCCCCCGGCAGAGCAGCAAGCACCCCGGUUAUUUACCUCACCUUCGACGGACAAACUCUCGCUUUCUUCUCCUGACGUGUCCCGAGCACACCAGCGGUAUUUGAAAGCUGAGAGCUCUGCGGGCAAGGUUUGCGAUCGUGGAAGACGCGUGCCGGCGCUGAGAGCAGAGACCUGGCGCGGGGCGCCCGCCGCAGCCUCGCCGCGGGAUGCGGUAGGGCGGUGCCAUGUAUUGGAAGAGCGACCCGAUGUUCGUCUGCAGGCUGGAGGACAAGGAUCUGCCCGCGCUCGGCGGCCGCGCGGAGAAGGCGAGCCCCGCAGCGGCCGACGAGGACUCGUGCUCUUCUUCCGCCGCCCUCUCGCCCUCCUCCUCGCCGCGGUCCAUGGCCUCGGGCUCCGGCAAGUGCGUGUGCAGCAGCUGCGGCCUGGAGAUCGUGGACAAGUACCUGCUCAAGGUAAACGACCUCUGCUGGCACGUACGCUGCCUCUCAUGCAGUGUUUGCAGAACAUCGCUGGGAAGGCAUACUAGCUGUUACAUCAAGGACAAAGACAUCUUCUGCAAACUUGAUUAUUUCAGGCGGUACGGCACCCGCUGUUCCCGCUGUGGGAGGCACAUUCAUUCUACUGACUGGGUCCGAAGGGCUAAAGGAAAUGUGUAUCACUUGGCGUGCUUCGCGUGCUUCUCCUGCAAAAGACAGCUGUCUACUGGAGAGGAGUUUGCUUUGGUUGAAGAGAAAGUCCUUUGUAGAGUACAUUAUGACUGCAUGUUGGACAACCUGAAAAGAGAAGUUGAAAACGGUAAUGGGAUUAGUGUGGAAGGAGCAUUGCUAACAGAACAAGAUGUUAAUCAUCCAAAACCAGCAAAAAGAGCUCGGACCAGCUUCACAGCAGACCAACUCCAGGUUAUGCAAGCACAGUUUGCUCAGGACAACAAUCCAGAUGCACAGACGCUUCAGAAACUGGCAGAAAGAACAGGCUUGAGCAGGCGUGUUAUCCAGGUGUGGUUUCAAAAUUGCAGAGCACGCCAUAAGAAGCACGUUAGUCCUAAUCAUUCAUCUACAGCUCCUGUCACAGCAGUUCAACCCUCCAGGCUGUCUCCACCCAUGUUAGAAGAAAUGGCAUAUUCUGCAUAUGUACCCCAGGAUGGGACGAUGUUAACUGCUCUACACAGCUAUAUGGACGCUCAUUCACCUACAGCUCUUGGACUCCAGCCGUUGCUACCCCAUUCAAUGACACAGCUGCCAAUAAGUCACACCUAACUCCUUUCUGUCAGGGAUAUAAGCUAUUGAGGAUGUAACCUUCAGUCAUUUAUUGUGUAUAAAAAUAUCAUUGGAAAGAUUAAUGUUAACUUUUUAUUUAACAUCAGAAGCAUUUUCAAGAUCAUUUUUGCUGCACAGGUAUGUAAGUAUAUUUAGCCUGCAAGACACUUUUAUGGAUUCUGCAUAAAUUACUAUUACAUUGUUUACAAGCCUUAUUAAAUACCUUUUUGUAUUGUCUGGAAGUAGUCCACUCUAGUUGUGUGUGUUAAUUUAUUUGUCAUCAAAAGAGCACUUUGCCUAAAAGAAAGGACUGACAAUUGUGCAAAAUGUUUACAAUUCUUUGUGAAAUUGUAGUUUAUCAUUAGUUUGUAUCUGUAAGUUAUUGCUAAAAGUAUUACCUGUAUUUGAGUUGUAUACAGCCUAU